AUGGCAGCUUCGCACAGCUGGAGCAGCAGACCGAAUGCUCCGGCUCUGCAUCCCCGGCCUCUUAUCCCAAAUCAACAUCUUCAGACAAUUUUCUACCAUGCUAACCAACGAGGUCAACGGGCAGUGAUUCCCGUUCCACAUGUGGUUAGAGGUCCACCUGUUCCGGGAGAUAUGUUGAGCACGCAGAUGGGAGCGGAAGUGGAGAGCAAGUUCAGCUUCAUUUUCCAGCAGUUGGGAUUGAUGGUGCAGGAAAACAAAACGAUGCUGCGUAAACAUGGACGUUGGGAAUUUGACCAACGGUAUGAGGUCUUCUUUGAAAUGAGACGUGUCAUCGCAGCAGUAUUGAGGGAACGUCCAGAAGCACCUGAAGACACAAUCAGACGGCAUGCCGAACACAUCGGCAAUGGAUCUGCGAUUGGUCAUCAGUUCAGAGACGAUCUCCUUAAGGUGGCGCGUGACGCCCGAAGAGUGGGCCAAGAUGCAGCUCGAGCUGUCCAAACCCACAGGCCGCCAGUGCCGCCAGGAAGUAUGGUCCUGGAGAUUGACAUUGUUGUUGCCCCUACUGCACCGGUACACGAAGAUGCUGCUAGUUUGCAUUUUCCUGUUCCUGUCCGGACACUGACCGAUCAGAAAAUCACUGAGGAAGCGUGGUCAACCAUUGCCAGCAACUGCCAGAACGGAGCUUUUGUGGAAGUCACAUCCCAAAGCUGGGAGCAGCAUGGUAAGUUGCACAGCCCGAGCUUGCUGUGGUUGCACGAAGCCCGCCAACAACACUUUCCUCAGGGAAACACCAUGUAUUUCUACGAUGGUCACGAGUGUAUGGGUGCAGUAAACGGCCUUCACUGCUACUGGUUCCACAAGAACAGCCUGCUUCAAGUCAAAGAGUUGCUCUUGCAAGAGCAGUUGCGCAAGGUGACUUCUGAAAUCCAAGCUUUGAUGGCUCACAGCUCUGCAGGCACGACCUCCUCAUCCGUCGUCUGGGUGAGGGAGCUGGCCCGGAAGGACAAACAGCUCACGGAUGGCGAGGAGUUUGAGCCGACGGGCAAUGCGUUCCAAGUGAAAGGAGCCUUCGCGAAUGUGGAUGACCUGAAGGAAGGAAUAAAGAACAAGGCGGAGCUCUCCAUUCCUUCGUUCAAAAUUGACAUAUACAGCCAGCAGGACAGGAAGUGGGUGAUGGCAAAAACGAUGUCAGCAAGUCUGCGCGACACAACUGAGGAAGAUUGCUACGGAUUCGUGCUGCCACAAAAGACGGACGAUGUGUAA